AUGCGUGUCACUCAUUGUGACAGGCGGGCCUCUGUGUUUGUUGUGGAGGAGCUAGACUUAUUUGAGGGAUGGGGGGAAGGUUCCUUCCGUGUUUGGCUAUCGGAUGGUACGUGUGACUGCAGCUUAUUCCAAUCUCUCCACUAUCCGUGCUGUCACGCACUUGUCGUGUGUGCCACAACUAGCAUUGAGUGGGCCCAGUAUGUGCAUUCUGUGUACAAACAGGAAGCUGUGUUCAAGGUGUACGAGAUGGAGUUUUUUCCUAUCCCAGACGAGUCGAUGUGGGCGGAGUGGCAUGGGACGAGGCUGUGUCCUAACCCAGUAAUGCGUCGGAAGGCUACUGGAAGUCCCGUGUCCACCAGAUUCCGGAAUGACAUGGACGAGACCGAGCAACAUGAGAAGCUGUGUGACCUGUGUAGGCAAUACGGUCAUACAAGAAGGGGAUGUCCUAAUCAGCCCACGGGCGAUGUGUAG